AUGUAAAUGUGCAACAAUUGACAUCAUCCCAUCACAAGUUCCCCAGUGAUUUCAUCAGUAAAUAAUGUUUUGAGUACGAGUUUUGUCUUACCAACAUCCUUUACAAGCAGCAAAUGCAAGCUAAAGACUUGCUAAUUGAGUUUGGUUUCACCACAGCGCAGUGAGGGCACUGACGCGAAUGAAGCUUCUCUGGGCCAUAUUAUCUAGUGGCAGCUGGCCAGCUAGGCGAGAAGCCAGCUGCUGUUGAAUCAACUGUCAAGGAUGUUCAGGAGCCCCCAGGUUCUAACUUGGUCUUGUCCUAUAAGGCCAUUGCUGCUAUUGAGAGAAUCCCACCUCUCUGCUUUCUCUGAGCACGCUGCUGCUGGAUGGCAGGGUGCAAGAGAUGUGAAGGGAAGGAAAUAUGAAGAGUUCUGUGAAUGUAAGGACGGGUCAUCCUUGUCCACAGAGACUGUAUCCCGUUCAACACAGUGGUCUUUAGUUAACUUGGACUGUGAUAAUCAGAUUAAGAGGGUGGCUUCAUUUCAAGACCUUUCAUCCAAAGCAGUUUUGUCCAGUCAUCUUUACCUCCCUCAAGUUUCUGCCUCUGCAAAAGCCAAACGGGCAUCUGACUCUUGGAAAUGCACUGUAGUGGAAGAACCUCAAAACCUCAGAGCUGCGAGCACUUUCACACAAUGUUUAAUCAACCCAAAUUGCCUUCAACCUUGGAGAAGGCCUAGGGACAUUUACAAGACUUCACUCAGUUUCAUCUUUGCAACUCAGUGUAACCUUCUUCAAAGCUAUGUAUAUUGCAGACAGCACUUUGUUAGACCUUUCAGCUCGUUGACACAUACGCCACAGAUUUUGUACCACUCUCGCAGUAGGCAACAACCCUCAAGCUUCUCUUCUCACAAAACCAGAGCAGUUCAUCAGGCUGCCCCUCGCGUGGCAGAUUCCUGGAGAGACUGUCUUUCCCUGAAGAAUGAAAACAGGUGUAGACUGAGCCUGGGGCCCAACUUGAAGCUGUAUAACGUGGACAAGGGGGAAAAAGGGACAAGUCACAGCCAGGGAAAGAACCAGGGGAGAUGGGCGUCAGUUCUGGUUUCUCUGUGCUCUGUUGAGGGGGAGCCAGCAUUUCUCUUCACUUUGCGCUCCAGCACGCUGAAGGGCAGGCACAAGGGUGAUGUCAGCUUUGCAGGAGGAAAGAGUGAUCCAUCAGAUAGAGAUUUGGUGGCCACCGCUUUAAGGGAAGCGAAGGAGGAGCUGGGCGUUACUGUGGCAACCGAGAAGGUCUGGGGCAUCUUGAAGCCUCUCAGAGACAGGUCAGGGAUGAUGAUAGCGCCUGUGCUGGCUAACCUCGGUGCCCUCGAGGAGUUGUCCUUCAAACCAAACCCUGGAGAGGUUGAGGAGAUUUUCACCUUGUCCUUGUCCCACUUAUGCAACCCUCAGAACCGUGGCUACACACACUUCCGCACCGGCGACAAGUAUGGAUACACUCUCCCAGUGUUUCGUAACGGGAAGCAUCGAGUGUGGGGUCUGACAGCCGUCGCUCUAGACCAUACCCUGAAACUUAUCGUCCCUCUUUAGCAGCUCAAUUGCCAUUUGUUUACAGUACACUUACAAUACUGAGGCACACCUUUUAACGGGACUCACAAAUUUGACUAUGACAUAUGAGCAAGCAAGCUUUGUGUAGCAAAUUCAUGUCAAGAAUCAGUGUGAAUACAAAAUAUUUUCAUUCAUGAAGGUAAAUUUCAUUUUUUCAAUUGUGCACUUUCUGAACCUCGGAUGUCUAAGAAUCUCUCUUGAAUGGAUCAUGUGUAUAAACAUGGUGGCCAGCUGUGAUGAUGCCACUGAAUAAAGGACAGGUGUUGUGUGAAGUCUCAGUCAUGGCUGUAUUAAGACAGCGUUCUGAGGAAACCUGUCAACCAGCAAACCGUGCACACCGCUUUUAGAUUGCCCGUGGCUUGAGAGAGGACGUUAUGACGUCAUACGCGACCUUUGGGUGUGGAGUCUUUACAUAUUUCACAACAAACUGUCUUUAGUGACUUGAAAAAUUAUCUUAUAAAUUAACAAACAUAUGUGUAAUUCAUGGCACAAUUCCAAGCAGUGGUCCACCGGAAGGGGGUGGACCUUGCCUCUCUAUGAUAGAGAUCAUGGCUUCCAGGGUGAUUUAGCUCACGGCCACUUUUGAUCUCACAGUAAAACAAAUCUGGACAGCUAUAAACACUGAAAUGAUACAAGCUAAUCAUGUGGUGUUUUGAUGCAAUAAAGGUUGUUGUAAAGGUA